AUGUAUGCCUAUGUUGGGUUGUAUCGAAUAGGAAAGAGGCGAUACGAUCGUAAACAAUCUGGAUAUGGUGGCCAGACCAAGCCAGUUUUCCACAAGAAAGCCAAAACCACCAAGAAAAUUGUCCUUCGUUUGGAAUGUCAAAAAUGCAAGUACAAACAUCAAAUAGCUCUUAAACGAUGUAAACACUUUGAGCUUGGUGGUGAUAAGAAGACCAAAGGAGCUGCUCUUGUCUUCUAA